AUGGAAUGUCCAAACAAUGUGGGAGAUGAUGAUUUGGAUGUUGAUGAUGAUGAUUCGAAUGUUGAUGAUGAUUCGGAUGUUGAUGAUGAUGAUGAUUCGAAUGUUGAUGAUGAUGAUGAUGAUGAUGAUGAUGAUGAUGAUGAUGAUGAUGAUGAUGAUGAUGAUGAUGAUGAUGAUGAUGAUGAUGAUGAUGAUGAUGAUGAUGAUGAUGAUGAUGAUGAUGAUGAUGAUGAUGAUGAUGAUGAUGAUGAUGAUGAUGAUGAUGAUGAUGAUGAUGAUGAUGAUGAUGAUGAUGAUGUGGAUCAUCAAAGCCUCCUUGGAAACAAAGAAAGAGGGCAUUACAAUGAACGUCAUCCAAUGCUAUGCGCCUACCAACGACUACGAUGA